UAUCACCUGUAUGCCAAUUGUAUCAGCGAUGACUGGAGAUCUGGCAAAAGUGAAUGAGGAGCCAUAAUGUCAGGAAAAAUGAUCAGAAAGAAAUUGAAAUAAUUGAAAUUUACAUUUUUUUAUUCAGAAGCAGCACAUUCUUUCGCCUUUCGCCUUUCACCUUUCAAAUAGAUCAACGUAAUAGGAUUCCCAAACAUUCGCAAACAAUAACGGGAAGGGCAUCAAGCGGAUUCUCCAUUGGCACUUUCUGCUCAUAAUUUUAUUAUUAACCGAUCCGCAUGGCGCACUCUAACUCAUCCUUUCGUGCCACACAAUGGGACCCUGUUCUUAUCCUCUCACAAAUCGUUUGCCUGCAAGCUGUUUGGUACAUAUCCAUUUCCACCAUCGUCUUUACGCUCUUCAAGUUCUCAGGCAUGGAUAUUACAUUGGACGCAAUCCUUAAUUAUCGUGAGAUUCGUACCGAUAAUGCUCAGGGGAUGCUGUUGGGCCUUGCAUGGCUGCUUAACUCAAUCAUCGGAGUCUAUCUUCUGCUCAAGAUUGUUGCGCGCGCACGCCUGGUGCUUGACUUUUCACUCACGCUUCUUCUCUAUCAUGUCAUCAUGACGAGUCUUUAUUCAGAUCACAUUCCUACUGGUUUCCUGUGGUGGGCCUUGAACGGAACCACAGCUGGAAUCAUGAUCUUUGGGGGAGAAUACGUUUGCAUGCAACAGGAGAUGGAGCCAAUCUUGCUGGGUGGAGGCAGUAGUAGCAAUAAUGGUGGUAAUAGCGAUCAUGAAUUACAGUCUAGAUCUGCAUCAGGAGCAGGAUUAGCUUCAACUUCAGGAUCAGGGUCAGGAAAUAAUAGGAAUAAUAAUGAUAACAAUACAGGUUCUAGCAGUAUUAAUAAUAAUGAAAGUAUCAGUAAUCAGAGCACUAUCAAAGGUAGUCAUCAUCUUUCAUUACAAGGCAAAGCAUUAACUGGGAUCCAUGAUGGAUACAGCUAUGGUGAGUCGGAUUCUUUACUCAUGGAGACCUUUGACAGCCAUUCCCCGGAUCAACAGCAGCAGCAACAAUCGUCUUCCUUAUCUACUUCAUGGUCCAUACAGCCACAGAAGGCUCGGUCCAGUGGCAAUGCCAGCGUAGUACGGUCAGGGUUCGCACGCUCUAGUGUCAUUCUAGGAAGCCAUAAACAAGGACGUCAGCGGACUUCAGAUAAUUAUAAGAUAGUUCCUAUCUCGGACAUUGGAACUGAUUAA